CUAGCAUGAAAUUAUCACACUUUCACAUUUGAACGUCGUUUUCAUGUGUGCUUUUGGCAAUGAAGCGGGUUUUUUUGUGAAUGCAUUUGGAAUUGCGUUCCGAGGACCGUAAUAAAGUGGAGCUUAGGAAGCGGCAGCGCCGCUGACAUUGAGAUUGGAUUACAUCAAUGGUAGCUGGCAGUUCUACCGUGAACACGGAGGGGUUUAAGUGAAGGCUGAAAGAUGGUCUGAUGGACCGCCGCUUUUUUCUGACCUUCCUUUCCUGCUCAGUGUUGUGGAUCUUCUUCUGGGAAGUACGCUGGAAGAAAAGAAAAGAGAGUCAGAUUCAGGAAUGGCUCCAAGGACAUGGCCUCUCUCAAUAUAGGCACUCAUUUGAAGAUGUACAUACACUGGAAGAACUGAGUCUGAGUGUAUUGAGCCGUCUGGAAGAGGUGGUGAAGGAACAGCAGCGCUGGAGGGAAAUUGCAGAGGCGCACAUCCAGCUGCUCCGAGACUUUGCCUUCCAGGAGUGGCUUUGCUCCCAAAAUCUGGAGCAUUAUUACCAUACACUGAAGACCUUAGGUUGUGUGAAUCUAGAUGAUCUCUCUCAGUUUGACAACCAACUGCAGCUCUCUCUAGCUGCCUGGGGCUACUACUACGAAGACUACGUAAAGUUGUCCACAGGAAUCAAGAUCCUCCAGACCUCCAGACGAAGUCGGGACCAAGAUUACGAGAUCCGGCUCGUGCACAGCCUUGCCGUGAGGCGUCUGAAUGAGAAGUGGUCGAUUGUGGGAGCUCUCCUCUUUGGCUGUACUGUGGCGCUCUGCUUCUUGAUAAGGGACCUCAUGUUUUACGUGAUUGGUGGAAUUACUGUAUCCAUCAUAGCGUUUGUCUUUACCAUCAAGUUCCUUUGUGAGCUUGCAGCAAGGGUUGUCAGCUUCCUGCAGAAUGAGGAUCCAGGGCGACGCGGUGAUCGCAGCAUUUACGACUAUGUCCGGGGCAACUACCUGGACCCACGUUCCUGCAAGGUCUCAUGGGACUGGAAGGAGCCGCAAGAAGUGGGACAAACGAUGAGCUUUAGAGUCCAGCUGUUCUACAAGAAUGGUCAACCGUUCCCGGCCCAUCGGCCUGUGGGACUGAGGGUCAACAUCACCCACAUUGAACUGGCCCUGGACAUCCCCGUCACACAGGAAGUUCUGCAGGAACCCGAGUCCAAUGUCGUCAAAGUGGCCUUCACGGUGCGCAAGGCCGGGCGCUAUGAGGUUGCCGUCAAGCUCGGGGGCCUCAAUGUCGCCUACAGCCCCUACUACAAGAUAUUCCAGCCAGGUACGGUUGUUCCAUCCAAGACCAAAAUAGCUUACCAUUUCUCAACCCUGGUGUUAACAAACGGCCACCAGCACACUUUACAAAUCGAACCCAGGGACGAGUACGGGAAUCCUACCAGUAACUCCACUUCUCUGACCGAUGAAGCCAACUACAGUGUUCGUAUCCACUCGUUAGGUACAGUGGAUGACGACUGUCUCGAGGCCUUCUAUAGUAAGUCAGUCUCACUCCAGAAGCAGCAGUGCCAGGUUCUGAUGAGGCUGAUCCUGAAGAAAACGGGCUGUUUCAAGGCCCGCAUCACCUACAAGGAUCAGCUACUCAGCAACGGGGAAUUUGACAUAAUUGUUCUCAGUGAGAAUGAAAAGGCCUGUGUGGAGAAGAACGUGUCCACUCCAGGCAUAAGCAUCUACUUUGAGGCGUACCUGUAUAGCAGUGGGAACUACAGCAGUUCAUCGUGGCAGUUACCGGCCUCUCUGUUGUCCCCUCAGAGACGGCCCUCCAUGGGAGAGGAAGAGGAGGAACACGACUCUCCUGUGGAGGGACAACCUGAGAAAGUGAAGAAACCAAAAAAGGUCUAUUGUUACAUAUCGCCAAAGCAACUUUCUGUUAAGGAGUUCUACCUGAAAAUUAUUCCAUGGCGCCUUUUUACCUUUCGAGUAUGUCCAGGAACAAAGUUUACCUAUUAUGGCCCCGACCCAGUUCAUAAGUAUCUGACUCUUGUGGUGGACGAUGGGAUACAACCUCCUGUGGAGCUCAGCUGCAAAGAUAGGAACAUCAUGGCUGCUACUUUCAUUCGCUUCCUGCACAAAAACAUAGGUGGCUCAGAAACAUUUCAAGAUAAGGUGAACUUUUUUCAACGUGAACUCAGGCACAUCAACUCCAAGAGACCUCGCACCAAGACCUGCCUCAAAAUCUCUCGACACGCCAUUCUAGAUUCAUCCCUGAAAGCUACAAGGAACUUCUCUGUGUCGGACUGGAGUAAGAACUUUGAGGUCAUUUUUCAAGAUGAGGAAGCUCUGGAUUGGGGAGGUCCUCGCAGGGAGUGGUUUGAGCUUAUUUGUAAGACUCUUUUUGACACAUCCAACCAGUUGUUCACCCGUUUCAGCGACAACAACCAGGGCCUUGUGCACCCGAAUGCAGACAGACCACCCCACUUGCGCCUUAAAAUGUACGAGUUUGCGGGACGCAUUGUGGGGAAGUGUCUGUAUGAGUCUGCUCUGGGCGGAUCGUACAAACAGCUGGUGCGAGCUCGCUUUACACGCUCCUUCUUGGCUCAGAUCAUUGGCCUGAGAAUGAACUACAAGUACUUUGAGACGGAUGACCAGGAGUUCUACAAAACUAAAGUGUGCUUCAUCCUAAACAAUGACGUGAGCGAGAUGGACUUGGUGUUUGCUGAGGAGAAGUACAAUAAGUCUGGACAGCUGGAAAAGGUGGUGGAGUUGAUAUCAGGUGGAGCUCAGAUCGCCGUCAACAAUGAGAACAAGAUGCAUUAUCUGAACCUGCUGGCUCAGUACAGGCUGGCCAGCCAAGUGAGGGAGGAGGUGGAGCACUUUCUCAAAGGUUUAAACGAACUGGUUCCAGAAAACCUGCUGGCCAUAUUUGAUGAGAACGAGUUGGAGCUGUUGAUGUGUGGCACCGGCGACAUUAACGUGCAGGACUUCAAAGCCCAUGCGGUGAUUGUUGGAGGAUUAUGGCAUUUCAGAGAGAAAGUGAUGAAGUGGUUCUGGGCAGUGGUAUCCAGUUUCACCCAGGAAGAGUUGGCUCGUCUGUUGCAGUUCACCACUGGCUCAUCUCAGCUUCCCCCUGGAGGAUUUAACACUCUCUGUCCCUCUUUCCAGAUUAUUGCUGCCCCCACACACAGCACUUUGCCCACUGCACACACCUGUUUUAACCAGCUGUGCCUGCCUACCUACGACUCCUACGAGGAACUGCACAAGAUGCUGAAGCUGGCCAUCAGCGAGGGCAGUGAGGGCUUCGGGAUGCUCUGACGGCUCCAUCACUGCGGUUCCACUCGUACACGUGGAAGCUCGAGCUGCUCCUCUGUCCUGGUUCCCUCUUCCUGGUUUCAACAUGUACCAGCCAAGCAUCUAUAGGUUCUCUGGAUGAGAAAGCUAUUUAGGAAGUCCCAGAAGACUGGCUGAAAAAGGGGAUUUAGUCAUAUGAACUCUAAUGCUACUGUAUGUAUAUAAAGCAUCUCCUCCAUUUAGGGGAAACAAAAUAAAAAGAGUAACAAGAGAAACUGUUGAAAAGGUAUAAUUGGGGUUAGUAUUAUUUCUAAAUGCAAAGUUUGCUAAGCUUUAUAUGUUUGAGAGACAAACGAUGCCGGAACAAAGGCCUUGAGUUAUACUGUAUAACUGCUUCUUUUGCAUUUUCCAAACAGAAGAACUCAGUUUGUGAAAUGCAAGCGCAAAAGCAGCCUCAGUGCGACGUGGGUGACGAGCAUCCACGGCACUUUGGCCUUAAUCGAUCAGGGAUUGAUGUGUGUUUGUAAAUAUUUAUCACUGAUUUCAUUACUUGUACAUACUAGCGGGUUUACAUGCGUGUUAAUUUUCUUACUUUCAGAGUUGAUGUGGACGGCGAAGGGAUUCCUUUAUUUCUGCAGGUCCACGUAAUGGAGACUUUUUUCUUGUCUUAGGUGAAGAGGGUUUUAAAAGAAACCGAGUCAUUUCUGUUUUUAACUUAUUGAGUCCUAUAAAAAUAUGUUUGUGUUGGCCCUUAUUGAUGUUUUUUUUUUCUUUUUGUAUAUUGUAUAACCUGCCUUAUUCAUGCCCUUUGCCUCUGAUUGUAUCCAGUGAGGUGCUUAAGUGACAGAAACAUAGUCAACGAUAACAAGAAGUUGUAUAUUAUGACCGUUUUGCUUGCACCUUCAGCGGUCACUGUGAGUGGCAGCGUUCAUUGGAUCUUGGAAAAACCCAUUUAUAACCAACAUUUUGUUGCAUCUGUGUUUUCAUGUAUAGAUUACCUCAGAAACUCCCUCACCACCUGUGCAUCCCGUGAUGCAGCGGAGUAUAUUUCCACCCCCUUUAUGAAGAAACAUGCACAUAGUUUAGUCAUAGUUGCCUCCUCUCAGUCUUAACUUUACGACCUUUAGCCAUAUAUUCUCUUGUCUUUAUUUAAUCGAAAGGAAAUAAUUCUAUUUUUUGGGAAUGUUCUGUAUGUUUUUUUUUUUUGUAAUAUUAUAUAAAUAUUUAUUUUUAAUGCUGUUAAUGUCUUACACACACCAAUAUUUUAUUUUUCUCAUGGUUUUGUUGAAAUUCCUUUGCUGUCAUGAGUUUACAUGAUGAUUAACUGUGUUGUGGUAAUUUUGAAAAAAGGAAAAGUGAUGCUUAAACUUGAGGUAAAACAGGACACGUUAAUGGACAAGACUGAGUUUUCCAAGUAGUAUUUUGAGUUCAUGGUAUUUGUAUUCCCCACAUAAGCAGUUUCACUUCUGACAUUAUUUUUAAUGUCUUCUGUAAGUUUGAUCCAACCAGUUACACAUUUAAUUUGCUUAUUGGUAAAAACAUCUCAUUUAGACAGAAGGGUCUUGAACUGGCCUCUUCAGUGUUAAUAUAAUCUUAAGGAUUUGGGUCAUGCGUUGAUGACCUGAUGUACUGAGAUCACUGACUUCCUUAGAAGUUAUUGGAACAAUAUUUCAUAAGAGUGCAUUUUGAGCCCUGUUGCCAAUGGCUGAGAUCAUAUUUAACAUUCACAAAAGUAGUUGAAGCAAUACUUUUAUGGCAUGACCAAUCCAAACAAACAUUCACUGGUCUUAUUUAUGUGUUGAGUGGGUUUCUGGCUGGAAUUGCCCAGGUAAGACUUUUAGUAAUGUAAAUAUUGUGAAAUAUUUUCCUCUGACUUUUGAAGCUGGGGGUUCCCUAUCUUUCUUUUUCAAAUGGCAAGCGUCUGCUGAUGAAUGUUUAAAGACUCUCUGGACUGCAGGUCCUUUGUUUAUUGGAAUAAAAGAUUAAUGG